AUGACUUCCGAGCAAUCAGUAAAGGUUCUCGUGGUAGGACCCAAGAAAAGUGGGAAAAGCUCUGUUUGCAAUUUUCUGAGCGGAUAUAAAGAGUUUUCAAAUGAAUAUCGACCAACCAUGGGAUUGAGAAUUUGUGAAUGCGAGCGAGAGAUGCCAUCAAUGGAAAAAGUUUCAGUUGAAUUGUGGGAUGUAUCGGGAGAUCGAAAUUUUGAAAAUUGCUGGCCUGCCAUACUGAAAGAUGUUUCUGCCUGUCUCAUUGUAUAUAAUCCUUCUAAUAUUAAUCACGUGAAAGAAUUGGAGUUUUGGUACAAAACAUUUGUACAAGGUAGCAAAUUGAAAGAUGAAAAUUGUUGUAUUUUUGCUCAUUGCAUGUCCAGUGAGGACUUAACUAAAGAAAAUCCCAUUCCUAAGCUGCCCAAAACCAUGUCAAAAAUUCCAGCAAUUCUUACCAAUCUCGACAUUCCUGAUAAAGAGAAAAUUUUUGGAAGCUUUGAUCGACUCGUUCAAAACUGCGUGAAAGAGCAGAAGGAAAACGAAGAAAAGAUGGUGUUGGAGCAGUGA